GAAGUUGCCCAACGGCUCUUUCUCCUCGCCCACGAUGUUGCUCUCUGCAUUUGCUGCGCUGCUGUUGCUCCCCUUCGCCUCUGCAGGCGUACACAAAUUCAAGCUCCAGAAGAUGCCCCAUGUCGCCCCGGGACACGCUCUCGAGACAGCAUACCUCGCCGAGAAGUACGGCGUCCAGGCUCCCCACCAACUUCCUCUCAUGGGCGCGGGCGGCGCUGGUCGCAAUAUACAACCACCCACUGACGAUGACGAUCUCUUCUGGACGCAGGCGGAACUCAUCGAAGGAGGCCACCAUGUCCCGCUCAGCAACUUCAUGAAUGCUCAGUACUAUACUGAGAUCGCCAUUGGGUCGCCUCCCCAGAGGUUCAAGGUCAUCCUUGAUACAGGUUCAAGCAACCUUUGGGUACCGAGCGUCAAGUGCACGUCAAUUGCAUGCUUCCUACACGCCAAGUAUGACUCCAGGUCAUCCAAGUCACACAAGGCAAACGGCUCCGAAUUUUCCAUCCAGUAUGGCUCUGGAUCUAUGGAGGGCUUCGUUUCUCAAGAUACUCUUACCAUUGGAGACCUCACCGUUCGCCAUCAGGAUUUCGCAGAGGCAACCAAGGAGCCUGGUCUCGCGUUUGCCUUUGGAAAGUUUGACGGUAUCUUGGGGCUGGCAUACGAUACUAUCUCAGUCAACCACAUCGUUCCCCCCUUUUACAACAUGCUCGACCAAGGUCUUCUUGAUGAGCCAGUGUUUUCCUUCCGCAUAGGCUCUUCCGAGAAUGAUGGCGGCGAGGCGAUCUUUGGCGGUGUCGAUGAGUCUGCCUAUAACGGUCGUAUCAGAUAUGCACCCGUGCGCCGCAAGGCUUACUGGGAAGUUGAGCUCAACAAGGUCGCUUUCGGUGAAGAAGAACUGGAGUUGGGCAACACCGGCGCAGCGAUUGAUACCGGCACCUCAUUGAUUGCUCUCCCCACCGAUAUUGCGGAAAUGCUCAACACGCAAAUUGGUGCUACCCGCUCAUGGAACGGCCAGUACCAACUCGACUGCUCUAGAGUUCCGUCGUUGCCUGAUUUAGUAUUCUAUCUUGACGGAAAGCCAUACCCAUUGAAGGGCAGCGACUACAUCCUCAAUCUUCAGGGUACUUGCAUCUCCUCAUUUACUGGGUUGGAUAUCAACCUCCCCGAUGGUGCUCUUUGGGUCAUUGGUGACGUCUUCUUGCGUCGCUACUACACGGUGUAUGAUCUUGGUCGCCACGCCGUUGGCUUCGCGCACUCGCGGGCCAAUCUCUAACUUCCAUGUCAUAAGCGAAGUCCCUUGUCUUACACGCCUUGCUACUUUGUAAUAUAGUGCUGUGAUAUGUGUAUGGCGUGGAUAUAUAAUCCUGGUUGUUGCGUGAAUUUCAAGCG